AUGACUGUCGCCCAGCAUAUCCGGUACAAGGCGGAACAUAUUGCCGCGUUCGUCGCCGGCCAGCGCAAACAACUGAAGGCAGACCGGCCGCUGCUCGUGUCCAUGCAGGGGCCGCAGGGGUGUGGUAAGAGCACCCUUGCGGCGGAACUUGUCCACGUCCUAAACGACCAGGGGAUAAAGUGCGCCGUCGCAUCGAUGGAUGACUUCUACCUCAGACACGCGGGACUCAAGGCCGUCGCGGCGGCGCAUCCCAGCAACGCAAUGCUGCAAGGCCGCGGUCCGCCGGGAACGCACGACCUCUCUUUACUGGCCGAUGUCUUGAACUCGCUUCGAGCCCGCUCACCCUCACCAUGCAGUCCGCUCUUCCUCCCGACGUUUGACAAGUCGUUGCACGGCGGGGAGGGUGACCGCGGCCAUCUAGUGCCACUGAAGGAGAGACUCGACGUCUUCGUCCUCGAGGGCUGGUCGCUGGGCUAUGGCCCGCUACCCGAGUCCAUUGCCCGUGAACGAUGGGCGAAGGGCAAGACGGCCAGCCAACAUGACUUUGAGAGCAUCCAGACGCUCAACACCAAUCUCGCCGAGGUGGAGGCGCGGAUUGGUGGCCUUUUCGAUUGUCAUGUCUGCAUUACGCCCAUGGAUUUCUCGUUCGUAUACGAGUGGCGCACGGAACAGGAACAUCGGAUGAAGGAGAAGAAUGGAGGACGGGGGAUGAGCGACGAGCAGGUGCAGGCGUUUGUGGACCGGUACAUGCCGACAUAUGAGGUGUUUGGGGAUGUGAGGCCCAAGCGCGAGACGCUUACCAUCACAUUCAACCGUGAGAGGGAGAUUGUAGAGCCAAAACGCGGGGAUGACGGACGUAGUCGAAUGUAG